GGACACCUGAUAAAUGGCCAAGUAUAACGGUUGAGCUCCGGUCCUCUACCUCAACCCAUAUAUUGGAUCCAGCAAAGAGAAGAAGGAGGAAAAAAAAGGGAAAAAAAAAAAAUCACUCAACCCCUUUAUUAUGGUCCCCUGACGGGUCAGGACAAGGGCAAGCUUACCGGUAUUUAAAAGCUACGGACAUCUCUUCAUUUCAUUCCACUCCCACAUCCACUUUCCACUCCCGCUCGCGAUUUUCAUAGAACUGAGAUUCUCUCCCUCCCUCCCACUCAACGAAUCAAAUCAAACCCAAUUCAACAUGUCUGAUAACAAGACCGACAAGCAAUUUGCGGUUUGCGUCUUCUGCGGCUCAAGCCCAGGGACUGAAUCUCAGUUCAUGGAGACCGCCAAAUCUCUCGGGGAGGUCCUCUACGAGAAUGGUUGGUCUUUAGUCUAUGGCGGCGGCACUUUUGGCCUCAUGGGUGCCGUGGCUUCCUCUCUGGCCUCCUUGGGCGGGAAAGUCCAUGGUAUUAUCCCUGAGGCUCUCAUUCGCAGGGAACAAUCUGUGGUUGUGCCUUCUGUCGAGGAGUUCGGAAAGACAACAGUGGUCCAGGACAUGCAUACCCGUAAAGCUAUGAUGGGGAAGGAGGCCGAUGCUUUUGUUGCAUUGCCCGGUGGUUUCGGAACCAUGGAGGAGCUCUUCGAGAUCGUCACCUGGAAUCAGCUUGGCAUCCACGAUUGCCCAAUCAUCGUUCUCAACAUUAAUGGGUAUUAUGAUGGACUCUUGGGGUGGAUCUCGGCAGCAGUCGAGAAGGGAUUCAUUGCGGGAGACGCCAAAGAUAUCAUCUCGGAGGUAACAUCUGUUGGGGAGGUUGCUGAGAAGAUCAGGAGUUACAAGCCCGCUCCGGGAAGGUUCGACUUGGACUGGAGCAGCCAGUAGAGAGGGUGGUCAAUUAUUUCUUUAAGUCGCUGGCGAUACAGUGGAUUCCAUGGCAAGGCCGGAGUUUGGUGCUUUCUGCCCGUUAGUACAAUGUAAAAGCCUGUAUCUGUUUAGAAA